AUGAAAGCGAAUGCGAGAGAGGUCCAAGGGGACCUCAGGUACGAUGGUCAGGUCAUCAUUUACAUAAUCAGAGCGGAUCAAACCAGUUACAUCAAUUAUAUGAAGCCAUUGAUCCUGGCAGAGGAGCUGCAGAUCGACUACAUCAUUUCCGUGAUUGAUACGAAGUCUGCUUGGUAUUCCCAAAUUCACCCUGAAAAGUAUGUUCCCGCCAUUAAAGACUGGUGCCCAGAGGCGCAGAAGGAGAUCGUCGUUUUCGAGAGUACCGCAUGCAUGCAGUAUCUCGCCGACCGGUACGACAGUGAUGGCUUGUGGACUGGGAGAAAUGCGGCGGAAAGAGCCGCCGUCCUGUCAUGGACGGCGUACCAGACGGCUGGACUUGGGUUGCACGAAAACUGCGUGAGGCAGUGGGAUAUUCUGGAGGGCCGGCUCCGGCUCCCAGACCAAGAGUACAUUGCUCUCCCCGACAGGCCGACUGUCGCAGAUAUUUCAUACUUUCCCUUCGCCAUGCCGUGGAUGUUCCAAUUUCUGGACGUUGAAAUUGGAAAUUACCCGCAAAUUCGAGCCUGGGGUAAUAGAAUGAUGGCAAGGAAUGCCGUCAGGGGAGUUGUGGAGCGCGGGCCGACUUAUGGGCAUCAAUUCGAUAACGAGUGA